AUUUUAGGUUGGUAAUAUUUAUCGCUUGUGCGCUGUACAGCAGCACGAGCGCAGUAGGACGUUUUGUUUUGAGUAAAAUUUCAACGCUUAAAAAGUGUUCAGUAAAUAAAUAAUUCAAGAAUGCGUUGAGUGCGAUGAAAGCAAGUGCCGAUCUCUAGAGCAAAAAGAGAAGAGGAGUACCAAAAUCUCGCGAUCGCGCGAUGUACAUCAAGCAGGUUAUCAUACAAGGAUUCAAAUCCUAUCGAGAGCAAACUGUUGUCGAACCCUUCGAUCCGAGGCACAAUGUCGUUGUCGGAAGGAACGGUUCUGGCAAAAGCAACUUCUUCUACGCUAUCCAGUUUGUUCUCAGCGAUGAAUUCUCGCACCUCAGGCCUGAACAGCGCCAAGCCCUACUCCACGAAGGAACUGGACCACGGGUCAUCUCUGCAUACGUCGAAAUCAUUUUUGAUAACUCUGAUGGACGGCUACCUAUCGACAAAGAUGAAGUUUACCUCAGAAGAAUGAUAGGCUCCAAAAAAGACCAGUAUUUUCUCAAUAAGAAAUUAGUGACUAGGAGCGAUGUGAUGAAUUUGCUGGAAUCCGCAGGAUUUUCUAGGUCGAAUCCUUACUACAUCGUCAAACAGGGAAAAAUAAACCAAAUGGCUACGGCACCAGACUCGCAGAGAUUAAAACUCCUCCGAGAAGUUGCCGGAACUCGUGUCUAUGAUGACAGACGUGAAGAAUCCAAAACAAUUCUGAAAGAUACUGAAGGAAAACUUGAGAAAAUCGAAGACUUCUUACGAACAAUUGAGGAACGUUUGAAAACUCUUGAAGAAGAAAAAGAAGAGUUAAAAGAGUACCAACGGUGGGACAAGCAGCGGAGAUGUCUCGAGUACACAAUACACGAGCGGGAGUUGAAAGAGAACAAAAAAAAACUCGAAGAUCUCGAAGAGUCGAGAGCAAACAGCGGAGCAAUGCAGGCUAAACUUGGAGCAGAUGCAAAGGCUGCCCAAGAAACGGUGAGAGCGGCUGCCAAACGACUCAAGGAAGCAAAGAAGGAAGUCAGCUCUGCCAAAGAAGAGCGAGACACUCUCAGCGCGGAGCAGCAGCAGCUGUUGAAGGAGAAGACCAAGCUCACGUUGACCAUCAACGAUCUGCUCGAAGAGGUCAAAGGAGAUAACGACAGUCGAAAAAGAGCCGAACAAGAAUUAGAAAAGUUGAAAACCAACAUUGCUGGGCGGGAAGAAGAGCUCGAAAAAAUUAAACCACAGUAUGAGCAAAUGAAAGCCGUCGAGGAGGAAUGUACUCGCGAAUUAGCCCUGAAGGAGCAGAAGCGCAAAGAACUGUAUGCGAAACAAGGCAGAGGUGCCCAAUUUACGAACAGGGCGGAAAGAGACAAGUGGAUUCAAGACGAGCUAAAACAGUUGACCAAGCAAAUAAAGGACAAACAGGAUCACCAGGCAAAGAUAAGCGAGGAUCUAAAAAAGGAUGGCGAGAAGCAGAUUACCCUCGAAAAAAAGAUCGAGGAUCACACUCGCGAAAUGGAACGCCAAAGAGCCUCGAUAGAUGAUCAUAACAAACAGUAUUACGAUCUCACCAAGGCCAAAGAUCAGUGCCAGGCGACCCGCAAAGAACAAUAUCGACAGGAAAGUGUCAUGCAACUGAAUCUCUCCGGAUUGAAGGAAGACCUGGCAAAAGCUGACCAAAGUCUACGUUCUAUGGCCGGAAAGCCGAUUCUGAAUGGACGGGACAGCGUGAGAAAAGUUUUGGACACCUUCAGGGAGCGGAGGGACAUGGCUCACGAGGUGAGCAGCUACUAUGGACCAGUGAUCGAGAACUUUGACUGCGACAAGAGCAUCUACACCGCUGUCGAAGUGACGGCGGGCAACAGGUUGUUUCAUCACAUCGUGGAAACUGAUAAAUUCGGGACUAAGAUCCUGAAGGAGAUGAACAACCAGAAAUUACCCGGAGAAGUUACUUUCAUGCCCUUGAAUCGUCUACAUGUCAAAACCAUCGAAUAUCCUCAGACCAGCGAUGCGAUACCCAUGAUAUCCAAGCUGAACUACGACCCCAAAUAUGAUCGGGCUCUAAGAUACAUAUUUGGAAAGACUUUGAUCUGUCGUAACUUGGAGGCAGCGACAAGUUUGGCCAGAACUUCGGGUCUGGAUUGCGUGACGUUGGAAGGUGAUCAAGUUUCUUCUAAGGGUUCGCUGACAGGGGGCUACUUCAAUACAUCACGAUCCCGUUUAGAAAUACAAAAAACCAGAUCGGAGCUCAUGUCGCAGAUUACUACCCUCGAAGAACAGAUGGCAACUCUAAAAGACGAACUGCGUACAACGGAGCAAAGCAUCAGCUCCUACGUCAGCGAAAUGCAGAGAACAGAGACGAAGAAUAGCAAGGCAAAAGAUAUAUUUGAUAAAAUGAAGGCCGAAAUACGACUGAUGAAAGAGGAACUUGGGGCCAUAGAAAGAUAUCGUACACCUAAAGAACGGAGUCUCGCUCAGUGCACGUCUAACCUUGAAGCAAUGACCGCUACUAAAGAAGGGUUGGAGAGCGAAUUGCACCAAGAACUCAUGGCUCAACUAUCCGUCGCCGACCAGCAUCAGGUCGACACGCUCAAUGAUGAUAUCAGGCGUCUUACGAAAGAAAACAAAGAGGCUUUUGCGAAAAGAAUGCGACUAGAGGCGGAUAAAAAUAAAUUGGAGAAUUUACUUACCAAUAAUUUAGUGAGACGUAAGGACGAACUUGUGCAAGCACUGCAAGAAAUAUCCGUUGAGGAUCGACAGCGGCAGUUGGAAUCUUCGAAGGCACAAUUGGCAGACAUCGACAAGCGUUUGGCCAAAGUAAACACGGACAUCAAAUCUCAGAAUGACAAAGUUUCCAGCGCCAUGCGAAGGCAAAAAGCUGAGUCUGCGGAAGUCGAAAAGUGGAAAGUAUUGGAGAAAGAGGCUCAGGAGAAAAUAGAGGCGGAUGCUAAGGAUUUGGAAAAAUUAGCGAGCAAGCAAAACAUCGUCGAGCAAAAAAUAACAGAAUGCACGCAGAAAAUCACCGAGCUCGGGGCUCUACCCAGUCACGAGGCUAUCGGUAAGCUCAGCCGGUUGUCAACCAAACAAUUACUCAAGGAAAUGGACAAGGCCAAUAACCAUUUGAAAAAAUACAGCCAUGUAAAUAAGAAGGCUCUGGACCAGUUCAUGUCAUUCAGCGAUCAAAAAGAGAAAUUGGUCAAGCGUAAGGAAGAACUGGAUCGUGGGGACGAAAAGAUCAAAGAGCUCAUGCUGGUUUUAGAACAGCGAAAGUGCGAAGCUAUACAAUUCACUUUCAAACAGGUGAGCAAGUAUUUUAGCGAGGUAUUUAAGAAACUCGUGCCAUCCGGGCACGCUCAACUGGUAAUGAAAACUGCCGAUGGUGAAGAAGGCGACGAUGUUGCUCCCGAGUCUGCGGACUCCGACAGAUUCGUCGGUGUCAGAAUUCGCGUAUCGUUUACCGGGCAAAAAGCCGAAAUGCGAGAGAUGAACCAGCUCUCGGGGGGUCAAAAGUCCCUCGUCGCUCUCGCGCUGAUUUUCGCGAUUCAAAAAUGCGAUCCCGCACCCUUUUAUCUGUUCGACGAAAUCGAUCAGGCCCUCGAUGCUCAACAUAGAAAAGCCGUCGCCGACAUGAUCCAUGAACUUAGCUCCGACGCCCAAUUCAUCACAACCACGUUCAGGCCCGAAUUACUCGAACAUGCGAACAAGUUUUACGGAGUGAAAUUCCGGAACAAAGUAUCACACGUUGAGUGUGUAACGAGAGAAGAGGCUGCCGACUUUGUUGAAGACGACACGACUCACGGCUGAUGAGGAUACACAGCCGAAGUUCAAUGAAAAGAAUCAAAUAAUAAUAUCUAACUUCCAUAUGGAUAGGUAUGCAUGUGUGGAAUUAUUAGACACGCGUACAUGAUUAUACUAUGAAAUUUUUUUUAUAUUAUAUACCUGUGUGACUCAAUGACGGUACCGAAGUUGUUGGUUUGCUGAAACUAUUUGUUGUUAUUCAUCACCUGACGGUUUCUUUUAAAUUCAUUAGUAUUUAUUCUGGUGUCUUUUUAUCUGUGGGCUAUCGCCCAUAGAAUUUUUCGAUCCCUCGGUGUUACCAGACAAAUCUUCUUUGGGUGGAAUAAAAGGGACCAUGCACGUUUUA